AUGUCAUCUUUAAAGUCUUUAAACAUUUUACCUUCCCUUGAGAAAAAAUAUCCCCUCGACGUUUCUUUUUCCAAAUUUCACGUGACUCGUCCUAAUCGAGCUGGUUACAACAAAAUUUAUGACAUCAGUAGAUCAAAAAGUUUCUUUUUUGAGUUAGUUGAUCAUCCUACAAACACCAAUGAAAUUCAUCUUAAAAUACACACAAAUGAUUAUCACAUGAAAACUACCCCAAUUAGUUAUCCUAACACAAGUAAACUCCCUAAUGACAAAUACCAGAUUAGUAUUAUGCUCACGCAUUUUUUUUCUUUACAAAGAGUUUUACCCAGGCGUAUUCAACAAAAAUUUUUUAAUUUUAUCCGAGAUAAAUUAUUACAAAGAAAGGCGAUUAUCAUGUCACGUGCUAGUAAAAUUGAUUCACGUAACACAACCACCAAAAAUUUUUUUAAUUUCUCUUACAAACGAUAUCGUUUUCACUUUGGAAUAUAUAUUCCUUGUUCUCAUAAUCACUCUACCCCUGGUCUUAUACUCCCAAAAGGUACUUGUCAAGUACAAACGCCAUUCAUGAUGUCGGACUUUAGACGUGCUUGCGUCAUACACCAACCGUUAUUUUUUAAAAAUGAUGCAUAUAAAAAUAUCAAACCACGAAAAAACAAAUCGAAUGCUCCACCUCGAAUUCGUAAUAUCAAUCACAAGACCUAUCAUGCCAAUUUAUUAUACGACCGUUGGCGUAAGAAUGAAAAGAAAAUUGUUAUCUCUCGUAGAUUGGGCAUUUCUUUUGAACAAACCCUUCACGCUCGUAUGGACAACAAUACUAGGAAAACGUUCAACAGACACAUGUAUAAGAAAAAACUAUCUAAUUUCUCUCUUUGUAGAAGUGAUAAUACUCAUGUGAAUAAGGCUCAGCAAAUUCAUUUUGAAAGAUCCAAAAGACGUGUCUUUAACAGCAAAGAACAUAACCCUUAUAAUCGAAAACACCAUCGUUUGAUUACUGCUCAACGAUAUAGAUUUUUAUACACCCCCCUACAAUCUAUCAACAAACCAAUUAAACAUCUACAAUAUACACACGGCUGGGACCAAUCGAAAUAUAAUUUUCAGACGCCACUCCGUAGUAAUUAUUUGCCACCACCGACAGUAUUAUCUGAGGACGUCUCGUUCAUAAAUCCAGUCCUUACAGUUGCACCUUAUAACCCUAUCCCUGAUAUGUUUUUUCCCGCAAAAUACAAAAACAUUAUUCCUAAAGACCCUAUCUAUAAUGAACAGGGUGCUUUUAUAAUCCCUGGUUCUCGUGAAUGGUUUACUUAUAUGCAUAAUAUACACAUUAAUUUACCUCCUCCUUUGACUAAAGGUCAAAAACGUGCGAUAAAACAACGUGAAAGAAAUAUAAUGCUAAACAAAAAACACUGUGAAGAUGCUAAAUUUCACGGUACAUCCUUUAAUAGAUUCAAUCAGCGUAGGGUCGCCAUAAAAAGUUUGACUGAUUUAACCAACACCUUCGAUUCGACGAUGAAGGAUCUUGUCAAUUACUACCAAACUAUAGAGGACCCAUACCUGAGAUCCCGUUUUCACUCAUCAAUGGUCAAUCAAGCCUCCCGAAUUUCGGAUAGAACUCAAAAACACCGUAAUAAUAUACGAUCAUCGGCAAUUCCGUCAGGCACUUCUGAAGAUACUUCAGACGCUACCGUCGAACUUGAAAAAUGA